AUGCAUUAUACACUACUUCUUACCUUGAUCUUGGCCGGAAUAGUGUCCGCUGCCAAGACUCCCAUUGACUCGGGACUACUUGCACUACUAGAACGCUAUGCUGCCUUUGCUUCGGCUGCAUAUAGCUCUGACUGUACCAUACCACCAUUCGGAAGUUCAGUCGAGACUUAUUUCAACGACAUACCAACCAGCACACAGGCGACUCUGUUCAGAGAUGAUGCUGCAGAAGAAUACAUCUUGUCAUUCAGAGGCACGUCGGAUGUUCAGGACUUUUUAACAGACCUAGACCAAGACCUAAUCUCUUGCGUCGCACCUGGCUUGGAGUGUCUUGGCUGCCUAUGUUCCCAAGGAUACUUGGGACAAUACAAUGCAGUCGCAACUGAAGUCAAGAACGCCAUCGAUGCCGGCAUGGCAGAGCACCAAGGCUACAACCUGACAGUGACUGGUCAUAGCAUGGGCGGUGCAUUGGCGUCCCUGGCCGCAGCGUCACUCGCCGGCCAAGGGCUGAGCCUCACGCCCUAUACAUACGGCCAGCCGCGAACGGGAGACCCAAACUAUGCCGACUUCAUCGAUACUUUGUUUCCCGGCACCAUGUAUCGCGUCACGCACGCCAACGAUGGCGUACCGCAGAUCCCGUCCCAGGACGAUGGGUAUCGACACCACAGUACCGAGUUUUGGCAAAGCGAAGAUCCACCCACGGACCAGAACACUUUUCAGUGCGAGGGGCAAGAGCCGUCGGAUUGUAACCAGAGCGAGAUUGGCAUUGGUAUUGGCAAUGGCGGGAGGGGGAUUAAUGCUGCGCACCUGAAAUAUUUCGGCAUUAGUAUUGGAAACCCCCUCGACCCGAAUGCGGCUUGUCAGGGUAUUGUUUGA